AUGGAGAAACACAAAGGUUACAUGAGAGGUGGUUUUAGGGUGUUGGCCGUGAUCGUUAUCCUCCUGAACAUAGUAAUAAUGUCCGUGGCGGCCCAGGAGGAGGAGGAGGUGGCCACUGCCGCGGUAGUGAAAGUGAAGGUGGGUGCGGUUUUGGAUUUGAAUUUUUCUUUUGGGAAGAUGGGUUUGAGUUGUAUUUCAAUGGCUCUUGCUGAUUUCUAUUCUUCUCGGAGUCGUUACAAAACAAGAGUGAUUCUCAACACAAUUGAUUCCAAUAACACAGUAGUUGGUGCAGCUGCAGCAGCGUUGGAUUUGAUAAAGAAAGAGGAAGUACAAAGCAUUAUAGGUCCAACAAGUUCGAUGCAAGCGAGUUUCAUGAUCGAUGUUGGAGACAAAGCACAAGUUCCCAUAAUCUCAUUUUCCGCCACACGGCCUUCCCUCACAUCCCAUCGCAGCUCUUACUUCUUCCGAAUCACCCAAGCUGAUUCCUUUCAAGUGAAAGCCAUUGCAGCCAUUGUCAAGGCCUUCAAAUGGAGAAAAGUUGUCCCAAUCUACGUUGACAACGAGUUCGGCGACGGUAUCAUACCUUUCCUUGUCGACGCUUUACAAGAGGUAGAUGCGAAUGUGCCAUACCAAAGCGUCAUCUCUCUUACGGCCACCGACGACGAGAUUGAACUCAAACUUUCAAAUUUAAUGAAUAUGCAAACUCGAGUGUUUGUGGUGCACAUGUUACCUCCCCUUGCUUCAAGACUCUUCACUGUGGCAAAAAAGAAGGGAAUGAUGGGUCGUGGCUACGUUUGGAUAGUAACAGAUGCUAUCACAAACGAGUUUAAUUCGAUGGAACCCUCAAUUUUUUAUCAAUCAAUGCAAGGAGUUUUGGGAAUAAGAACUUAUGUCCCAGGAAUCAAACGCCUUGAAUCCUUCAAACGUGGUUGGCAAAAGAGAUUUCUAAGGUACUAUCCAACCAUAGAAGAAAUUCCUGAGCUCAACGUGUUUGGUUUAUGGGCUUAUGAUGCUGCUUGGGCGCUAGCCAUCGCAGUCGAGAAGGCAGGAACCGACAAUCUUCGAUAUAGCAAGCCCAAUAAUGUUACUAGCACCACCAUGAAAACAAAUCAUUCAUCAAACUAUCUCUACAACCUCGGCAUCAAUGAAAACGGUCCCAAGUUGCGAGACGCAUUGUCAAAUGUUAGGUUUAGGGGGUUAGCUGGUGAGUUCAGUCUCGUCAAUGGCCAAUUACAAUCGUUCGUUUUCGAGAUAGUGAACGUGGUCGGUAACGAAAGAAGGAGCGUGGGGUUUUGGACGCCGAAAAUUGGGCUGACAACAAGUCUACGACACUCAGGGAGAAAAAAGGAGUUGAGACAGAUCAUAUGGCCGGGAGAUACCGACGAGGCGCCAAAAGGGUGGGAGAUUCCAACGGGUGAGAAGAAGUUAAGAGUUGGGGUUCCAGUGAAGGAUGGAUUUUUAGAGUUUGUGAAUGUGGUUCGUGAUCCAAAAACAAAUACCACGGAAGUGAGUGGUUAUUGUAUAGAUGUGUUUAAGGCUGUGAUUGAAGCUUUGCCUUAUGCUGUUGCUUAUGAAUUCAUUCCUAACGACAAAUCUAAUGCACAUCCCGGUGGUAGUUACAACGAAUUAACUCAUCAGCUCUACCUUGGGAAGUUUGACGUUGUGGUGGGUGACAUAACGAUCCGAGCCAAUAGGUCUGAGUACAUAGACUAUACAUUGCCAUUCACAGAAUCUGGCGUAGCCAUGGUGGUGCCGAUGAAUAGCAGCAAGAACACUAGUGUGUGGGCUUUCCUAAAGCCUCUUUCUUGGAAGUUAUGGGUCGUUAUAGGCAACUCCUUUUUGUUGAUGGCAGGUAUUGUUUGGGCACUCGAACAUCGAGUCAAUGAGGAAUUCAACGGAAGUGUUGUUAAUCAGAUUUGUAAUAGUCUUUGGUACUCUUUUUCCACCAUGGUUUUCGCCCACCGAGAGCCUACAUACAACCACUUGACCAAAUUUGUGGUAAUAAUAUGGCUAUUCGUGGUUCUUAUCAUUACACAAAGUUACACCGCAAGUUUGGCUUCACUUUUGACGGUCCAAGAGCUUAAACCAACUGUAACUGAUAUCAAUCAGCUUCUUAAAAAUGGGGAGAACGUUGGGUAUCAAGGAGGUUCUUUCGUGUACGAGAUUCUCAAGUCGUUGAAGUUCCAUGAUUCUCAACUCAAAACUUAUCAAUCUCUAGAACAAAUGCAUGAACUUUUUCUCAAAGGAAGCACCAAUGGCGGAAUUUCUGCUGCUGUGGAUGAAAACCCUUAUAUUAAGUUGUUUCUUGCCAAAUAUUGCUCCCAAUAUACCACCACCGAACCCACUUACAAAGCCGAUGGAUUUGGUUUUGGUUUUCCGGUAGGCUCGCCGUUAGUACCUGACGUUUCGAGAGCGAUUUUGAAGGUAACAGAGGGUGAUAGAAUACGAGAGAUUGAAAACGCAUGGUUCAAGAAGGUGAAAGAAUGUUCGAGUUCAGAAGCUGCUGAAUUGUCUUCCUCCCGCCUGACUAUCGACAGUUUAUGGGUACUUUUUGCCAUAACCGACGGUGUUUCCAUACUUUUGGUGUUCUGUUACGUUGUCUACUUUGUAUUGAAAGAAUUGCCGCAGUCUUGGAGUGCUAAACGUCCUUCCAUCUGGCAAACGUGGACCCACUUGUUUUCCAGGUUCAUGGCUACAGAUAACGAAGCUAUAAAUCGUCGAAAACGUGGUAGCUGUCCCUGUCACCAAGAUUGAGCAAAAUUCUCUCGAUUUUUCUCGAGUGAAAUGCACACCUAUAAAGAUAGAUACAGUCCAGAAUACAUCAACAUGCUCUUUCAAAAAUCUUAUUAAAUUAUUUUGUUUGGUUUACUUUAAAACUUUUUUUAUUCAACAUGAGAGUGAUUUGAGGGAUUCCAACCUCUACCCAUUCACACUUAUUAAUCUUAUUAAAUUAGUUUGUUCAUGUUUGCGUAAAAUUUUACUUCAAAUCUAUAUAUUUAGAAUCAUGGAAAUGAUAAAAGCUCCAUCACACUGUUUGGACUGAUCAAAAGAUAAAUAGUUGCACCAAAACAUCUUUUCUAGA